AUGACCUGGAAGAUGACACAGCUGCUGCUGCUUCUGGUGUUGUUGACCCCUGAAUGGACUGCCCAGCUCAGGACUUCGCAGACUAGGACUGAACUUCUUAAUGUCUGUAUGAACGCCAAGCACCACAAGGAAAAGCCGGGCCCUGAGGACAAGCUGCAUGACCAGUGCAGCCCCUGGAAGAAGAACUCCUGCUGCUCCACCAACACCAGCCACGAAGCCCACAAAGAUAUUUCCUACCUGUACAAUUUCAACUGGGACCACUGUGGAAAGAUGAGCCCUGCCUGCAAGAGGCACUUCAUCCAAGACACCUGCUUCUAUGAGUGCUCCCCCAACUUGGGGCCCUGGAUCCAACAGGUGGACCAGAGCUGGCGCAAAGAGCGGAUCCUGGAUGUGCCCCUGUGCAAAGAGGACUGUCAGGUCUGGUGGGAGGACUGCCGCACCUCCUAUACCUGCAAGACCAACUGGCACAAGGGCUGGAAUUGGACCUCAGGGUUCAACGAGUGUCCAACCAAAGCUGCCUGCCACCGCUUCGAUUUCUAUUUCCCCACACCUGCUGCGAUGUGCGAAGAAAUCUGGAGCCACUCUUACAAGGUUAGCAACUACAGUCGAGGGAGUGGCCGAUGCAUGCAGCUGUGGUUCGACCCAUUCCAAGGCAACCCCAACGAGAAGGUGGCAGAGUUCUAUGCUGAGGCCAUGAGUGCGGCUGGGCCCAGUCGGGCUUCUGUGCUCCUGCUCAGCCAGGCCUUGCUGCUUUGGCUGCUCAGUUCAUCUCCUUCUAUCUCUUGA